AGCAAUAAUAAGAUGCAAUAAAGCUCAUUAAUUGAUAAAUAACGAAGAUCUAAAGAGAGAUAUGUUUAUGAGGCAAACAACCUUGUUUAAUAAUGGAGAGAUUUAUUUGAGAAUGGGUAUAGAGAUUAUGCUGGAAAUUUUAUAAAGCCUUCUCUUAAAGAAGCUGCAAAUCUAGUAGGUUGCUCAAAGAAAACUUUGGAAGAUUAUUAUAGUAUAAUUCGAAAGGCUUCAUAAAUUAUCAAUAUAAAAGAUUGUUUACAUAUGAAAAUGGGUUAUUUAAGAUAACUCUUAAAGAAGGAUCCUCUUUCAAAUAUAGCUGCUCCAGAAAUUAUAUAAAAAGAGCAGAUUAAAUCAUAAAAUGAUAGUUGGAAUAAUAUGAUAAUUGAAGCAGAUGACGAUGUUUCAAAAGCUUCAAUAGAUAUCGACCAGUAUAUUAUUUCAAGUUAGAUUGAUUCAUAUAAUUUUGAAAAUGAUUUCACAUAAAAAACUUUUAAUUCUGAAUGGAAAAUGUCAUCAAUGGAUGAGGAGAUAAAUCCUGCUUAACCAUAUUAAGAAUGGAAUUUUUAUGACUUUUGAC